AUGUUCGCCAACGAAUCGCCCGUAAACGAAAAAAAGUGGAUGGACCACCUCCGCUGCAUUGAGUCCUUCGAACAGACCCCCGAACUCGUCCACAGCUACAUCCAACGGGUCUUCGAACUCCGCUCCUAUUUUUCCUGUGACCUCGUCAACGCCGUCGUCCUCCUCGUCGGCCUCGUGCCCCACGAAUGGACCGCCAACGCUGAAAUGGUCACCGACCAAGAAUCCGGCCUGCCCGGCAUACUCUACGCACGCGCCACACUCUCUAGCACCAUCUGGAACGUACUCGCCUAUUAUAUGUACGUCAUCUUCAACCCCAACCUAAUCGUAGACACCUACUACUGGAUUUUGGGCGACGAGUCCAAAGCUAUGAGCCAAAUGCGCCACUUAGCGGAUUUAAAUCACGACGACCCUUAUUUGGUCUUCUACGUGAAACCCUUCCAGUCGUUCUCCUCCUCCUCGUCCAUAAUUAUGCUUUAA